UCUCUCUCUCUCUCUCUCUCCAGUCGCUUGUCACCAGAGGCGAUUAACGGACCCCGUUAGACUGUAUUGUUUGACAGUUUUAAGUUUAAACUUUUUGAUAGUGUAGUUUAUAAGGGUUUAGUCUAAUACUAACUCUCCGUGUCCACAUUUAGGACUCUAAACUCGCGCCCUUUCUCUUUAAGAAGAUUUACCCACAGACAUAACGUAACUGUUCUUCUGUAUCUCCUGCCUGUCUCUCUGCGCGUAACUUCAUUCAUAACGGUUUAUUUAUUUAUUUAUUCACUUUGGAAACUUCAAGUGGAAGCUCAAACAUGGCAGAGGUAGGGAAAGGUGUCAACGCCGGGAAACUGGCCAGUAAUGUACAGAAGAGGAUAACCCGAGCACAAGAGAAGGUGUUGCAGAAGUUGGGAAAGGCAGAUGAAACGAAAGACACAGCAUUUGAGGAGGAAGUGGCCAAAUUCAACAAGCAGUUGGCUGAUGGCAGCAAACUGCAGAAAGACUUCAAGGCAUAUUUGGCGGCAGUCAAAACAAUGCACGAGUGUUCGAAGCGUCUGCAGGACUGUCUGGCAGAAAUGUACGACCCUGAGUGGUUUGGCAAAGAGGAGGUGGACUCCAUCGCAGAGGAGAUGAUAGAGAAAGAAAUGGAUAAUAAUCUGGAGGACACUGACCUCCUGUGGCAAGAUUUCCACCAGAAUCUUGUGGACAAUGCCCUCAUUUCCAUGGACACAUAUUUGGCUCAAUUUCCAGACAUAAAGGCUCGCAUCGCUAAACGUGAGAGGAAGCUGGUAGAUUUUGACAGUGCCAGACAUCAUUUUGCCUCUAUACAGAAAGGCAAGAAAAAGGAUGAAGCCAAAAUUGCCAAGCCUCUGUCUCUGAUGGAGAUGGCUGCUCCCGGCUGGGCUCAGGGAAUAAUCACAGCACAUCAGAUCGCUCAAACUAACCUCUCGAGAAACCAGGCCGAGGAAGAUUUGGGCAGAGCUCAGAAGGUAUUUGAGGAGAUCAAUUAUGAACUCCAGGAGGAACUUCCCACCCUGUGGGACAGUCGUGUUGGUUUGUAUGUUAACACAUUUCAGAGCGUUGCCGGCCUGGAGGAAAAAUUUCAUAGGGACAUGGGCAAACUGAACCAGAAUCUGAGUGAUAUUAUGACCAAACUGGAUGAGCAGCGUCUAGCCAAAAAAGGUGUCACGACAGCAAGCACUGGGAAGAGUGAAGAAGCAGCCAAUCACAACCUCUCAGAGUCUGGGUCAGAUGCCCCUAAAUCACCAGCCAAGUCCACUGAGUCCAGAGAAAGACCGCCGGUCUCACAGUCGCCCAGGCCGGCUUCAUCUCAGGAGGUGAAACAGGAGAACAUCAUUAACCUGUUUGAGGAUGCAGUGGUGCCUGACAUUAACAUUUCAACCCAGCCACAGGAGGCUUCAUGGGAUUCAUGGGAGCCUGGUCAGAGCCCUGCUGCAGACCCCUCCCAGCAGUGGCACCAGGAUGAAGAAGCUGCUGCUCAGCCUUACAGCCAGCAGACAUAUGAGUCUCCUCAAUGGGAGGACGAGGUCACUCCUGCUGUUCAGCCGUUUGAAGCUCCCCGCUGGGAUGAGCAGGACAGCGUGUCUGCACAGUCAGGCUGGAGCAGUGAAACAGCUACGCCUGCGCAUCCACACUGGGAGGGCGAUGGUGUGGAGCACUGGGGCGAGGAAGGGUCCCAGGUAGGGCAAAAGCAAGACGCAGAUACAAACUGGGGCCAUGUUACAGCUCAGGCUUGGGAGGCGGAGUCAGAGUUGCCUCAGUGGGAGGAGCUUCAAAGUAAUGAAACGCCAACAGUGACAAAUGGCUCAUCAGAUGCAGAACUUCCUCCAUCUGUUCUCUAUAAGGUGAAAGCAUUGCAUGACUACGGAGCAACAGACAGCGAUGAGCUUGAUCUAAAGGCUGGUGACAUUGUGCUCGUGCUUCCCUUUGCCAACCCAGAUGAUCAGGAUGAUGGCUGGUUAAUGGGUGUAAAAGAGUCACACUGGCUUCAGAAUAAAAACCUCCUAGCUAAAGGAGUCUUCCCUGAAAACUUCACCCAGAAACUGUAACAGAACAGCCCUCUCAGAAUCACCUGUUCUUAACCUUUGUUUUCUCACCACUUUACUGUGAUAACAUUUUUAUAAGAAAACUUAGAAAAUAAGGGCUUCUCGAGCACAAAACAGCUCUAUUCUACUUAUUGUGCUCACUUGUAUUUGCAGCAGUAUGCUUUAAACCAAACUUCAUGAAGUAAUAUGGGCCACCCUUGCAGCUAAACUAGCUUGUCAAUUCACCUUUUAGUGCUUAAUCCUGAUCUGUACACAUACAUUGGCCAUGAGACAAUUAAAAAGUCCCUAAUAGGGAUGACUGGGGCCGAUCUGAUUGGUGUUUGUCACUGGGAUCAUUUGGGAAGUUUCUUUAGUACCAAAGCAUCAGUUUUUUUCAUGCAUGACAUUUUUAACUCUUUUGCUUAAAGUCAUCAUGAAAUACAAAAUUCUUAACAUGCUUGCGGUUCACAAUUCUUCAGUGCUUGUUCCACAUACAGUCAAUUCAGCUAGAGACUAGUUUCCACCAAGUAUAAAUAGAAACAAAUAGCAUCUUGUUUACAAGUACAGCGAGUGAUACAUGAAGUGUAAAUAGAAGUAAUACACUAUUUGUUCUAAAGAUAAAAUAUCUUGUGGGCAGGGAUAUUAAAAAUUAUUAUUUUGCUGGUUUUAUUAUCUCUAGAUUCUCCUGUGAAACCCUUUAUGGCAACAAUAUUUUAACAUGUUCCCUAGAUGUUUCUAGCACUGCAUGUGAAAGGCUCAUCUCAAUACUUUAUGAUCAAAAACUUCAUAUUUAUGUUUUCUUUGUAUUUUUAUUGAGAUCUUCAGGUAUAUGCCACCAAAGAUUAUGAAAAUUAUGCAAAGGGAUAAACCACUGUGUUGUAGGCUAAUAUAUGAACAUCAGUUUGAAACACUUUUUGCAAUGUAUUUUAAAAUCAAAGAGUUUAAUCAUUUGUCAUGUUGCAUGAAUGUGUUAUAGUUUCUUUUAGACGGGUGCACAAAGGAUUUAUUCUUUAAAGAACUGGAGAGCUUCAGACAAAUCAUGAAAAUAAAAUAGAAAAUAUUGUCAAAAAUACAGAUUUUAAUUUUCAUAUCGAUCUGGAAAAUGUAGUCUGUGAUGCACUGAUACUGUGAUGACAAGCAACGUUAAGGUGGAAACACUGAAUGAAUUGAGCUGGGUUUAUUCACACACUUUACUGAGAUUGUACAGUAUUACUCUACCACUGUGGACUUAAUAAAACUUGUCAUUUGAUGAAUUA